UGCUCGGUUUCUCAUACCCCGGUUACUAGUACACUCGAGGUGGAGAAGAACUUGAGCUCGACCAGGAUGAAGAAUCCUGGCUUUGUCUUGUCUAUCAUUGUCUUGGCACUGGCAUUUUCGUCUGCCUUGGCCUAUGAUCCAGACCCUCUUCAGGAUUUCUGUGUGGCGAUCGAUGAACCGAAGAAUGCAGUGUUUGUGAAUGGGAAGUUCUGCAAGAACCCAAAGCUCGUCAACACAAAUGACUUCUUCCUCUCGGGGCUCAAUAUCCCUGGAAACACGUCAAACCCAAUUGGGUCCACAGUCACUCCGGUGUUUGUGGACCAACUCCCCGGUCUCAACACCAUGGGAAUCUCCAUGGUCCGAAUCGACUAUGGGAUCAAUGGCCUCAACCCACCCCAUACUCACCCUCGAGCAACUGAGAUCUUACAUCUCCUCGAAGGCAUCCUCUACGUGGGCUUCGUAAACUCGAAUCCUGAGAACCGUCUAUUCGCGAAAGUACUGAAGCCGGGAGAGGUGUUUGUUUUCCCAAAGGGGAUGAUCCACUUCCAACUCAACAUCGGGAAGACCAAUGCAGUUGCAAUAGCUGCUCUCAGCAGUCAGAACCCAGGGAUCAUUACUAUUGCUAACGCACUAUUUAACUCGAAGCCACCUAUUUAUCCCAAUGUGCUUGCAAAGGCAUUCCAGCUUGACGGGCUGGUGGUGGAGGGACUUCAGAAGAAAUUCUGGUACGACAAUUUGGAUUUGUCCCCAAAGAGACAAUAAUCUGAUAAAGGACUUGUUCUAUGUUCUGAUUUUUCAGGAAAAGUUUGUCAGUUUACACUGUUGUGCGUGUGUUUUUCACUGCCUGCUGUUACGUGCAGUUGAAUUGAUUUACGAGUAAUAAGAAUAUCCCUGAAUGCUAAAAAUCCCCAUCCAGAUCUGCAGCAAUGCCCACCUGGUUUUUGCG